CUCCGGUCCGUCCGGCCGGCGCGCGCGGGUGAUGCAGAUGCAACCAGAGACCAGUAGGCUAGCUAGCUGCCUAGCUCGCUCGCUAGCCGAGCAGUAGUAGAGUAUCUGGGCGAUCGACUGGGACGACGGUCGACUGGGACGCCACCAUUAAUCAGUAAUGGCCGCCGGGUGCAACUGCAAGGCGGCCAUCGGGUGCGUGGACGCGCGCGCGCCGGUGCGGGCCAGCUAUGUGAGCCUGUACAAGUGGCCCGAGUCCGACGCCGAGUUCGUCAGGUCGGUGGCCAUGGCGCGGCGCCAGGGAGGAGGAGGAGGAGGAGGGCAGGAGAGCCCCGGCGGCGGCGCCAGCGCGCCGUCGUACUCGUACCACUACCACCACUACUACAACGGCAGCGGCAGCAUGCGGAGUAAUAACAGCGGCGAGCUGGCGGCGGGGUACUGCAGCCCCCGGGUGGUGGACAGCUACUCGUGCCGCCAGAUGUACCUCCGCAGCUACACCUUCUCCAAGCGGAAGGAGACGGUGCCCGAGCGCACCAUGGCGUGCCUCGGCCGCGUCCGGGACCGCGGCGCCGCGGUCUUCCCGCUGUUCCACCCGCAGCGGCACGGCGGUGGGUCGGCCGCCGCCGCCGCUGCCUCGGACGCCGCCUCCGUCGGCAGCGCCAGCCACCGCACGGAGGACGACGGCGUGCUGGGGCUCCGUCGCGGCAGCAAGCAGCAGCAGAGGCGGCGGCGGAGGAAGAAGAACAAGAAGAAAGGGUGCGCCGUGGUGCGGAGGCUGCACGAGGCGUCCUGCGGCGCCGUGCGCGCCAUCUUCCGCCGCCUCCUCGCUUGCACCACCAGCGUCGACGUCGCCGACGGCGUCGCGGCGGCGCCCCGCAGCUAGCCAGCUAGCCGUCUCCGAUCCUCGCGCGCUGAU